UAUAGGGACCAAAGACUUUCCACUUGAAAAACCGAACUUUCAUUUGUACACGUCGCCUCGUCUCUUUAGCUCUCAAAAAGAGAAGCAUGGAGUUUUUAGACGAGGACGCCAGACCUCGAUUCCUCUUUCAAUCUCGCCCGAUCCCAUCUUCACUAACCAAUACCCAAACCCAACAAAAACCAUUUAACAAAUUGUUCCUCUUCCUAUCAAUCUCUCUCUCUUCCCUUUUGCUGCUUCUCUCAUUUCUCUACCUCCAAACAGAACCAAUCAGAUCCCUCCUCUUCUGGGUCUCCAUCUCCCUCCUCGUUGGCCCUAUCGCUCCCUCUCACCUCACUGGAGGUGACAUUCGUGUUGGUGAAGGCCCAAUCCUUGAACCCCUAGAACAAGAACCCGAAUUUGUAGAAGAAAAACAAGCUAGAAAAAAGAGAUCAAAACCGAUUAGAUCUGAAGAGAUUGUGAAGAAUCCGAUUCAAAAUGUGGAAAUAACAAAUGGGUUGUCGACUAAAGGGAAAAAGGCUGAAACUUUGGCUAGUGGUGAAAAGGGUUUGGUGAGAAAUGAGGGAGAGAAGGAGUGGAAUGAAGAGGAUUCGGAGAUUCUGAAGAAACAAAUGGUGAAGAAUCCUGUAGGGAAGCCAAGGAGAUGGGAGGUGAUUGCGGAGGCAUUUAAUGGGAGGUAUAGAGUGGAGAGUGUGAUAAAGAAAGCUAAAGAAUUGGGAGAGAAGAAGAUGGAUGAUAGUGAUUCCUAUGCGAGAUUUUUGAAGAACAGGAAGCCACUGGAUACAAGAGCUGAAAGUGGGAGUCAAGGAUUGGAGAGUGAUGAAAGUGGGCAGGAGGUUGGUGGUGGAUUGGGGUGGACUACAGGAGAGGAUAUUGCUUUGUUAAAUGCAUUGAAAGUAUUUUCUAAGGAUGUGGCAAUGAGGUGGGAGAAGAUUGCAGCUGCUGUUCCGGGGAAGUCAAAGGCAGCUUGUAUGAAAAGAGUCACUGAAUUGAAAAAGGAUUUUCGGAGCUCGAAAGCUGGUUCUGAAAGUUAGAGGGAAUGUUGGAUUUCUUUGUUGAUUAUAAGCAGAUUAUAAAUUUGAGGCAGCAUUGUGGAGGUAAUGGAUGAUUGUUUCACGACAUCUCUAUACUUUCCCCCAAAUACUGGAAGUGUUUGCUUUUUUGUUCAAGUUUUGUUGAUUGAGUUUAUGGUUGCUAAUUGCUUGAUAUGGAUAUAAAUCUAUAAUAAUAUACAUGUCACUCUAUAUUUGUGGAGGCCAUCUUAUGAUAAAAUUUGGUGUCCAUUUUGGUUA